AUUGUUGAAGAUGGAAUUCUAAUCUUGAAAACACAAUUAAAAGAAUUUAAAAAUUGGACAUUGCACCGUUAUCGAUAGUAAUCCAGUUCAAGUAUAAUUUACUCCUUUAUGUUGUUAAACAUAUUUUUAUUUCAUUACCGUGAGUGUAACCGAAUAAAGCGGUUCGACGAUUAAAUAAAUACAUCGAUUAUUUCUGACAGUUCGUCGAUCUAUUUACAAUAUGAUCAAUACGGGGAAACUUGCUGGUCGUACAAUUUUUAUCACUGGAGCAUCAAGAGGCAUUGGGAAAAGUAUUGCUGUGAAAGCUGCAAGAGAUGGAGCUAAUAUUAUUGUUGCAGCUAAGACUGCAGAACCGCAUCCAAAGUUACCAGGAACAAUAUACACUGCAGCUACAGAAAUUGAGCAAGCAGGUGGAAAAGCAUUGCCAUGUGUUGUGGAUGUAAGGGAUGAAGCGCAAGUAGUUUCUGCAGUAGAGAAUGCUGUUAAUAAAUUCGGCGGUAUCGACAUUGUUAUUAAUAAUGCAAGCGCGAUAUCUUUAACAGGCACAACAUCCACGGAUAUGAAAAGAUAUGACCUUAUGAAUAGUAUUAAUACUAGAGGAACAUUUCUUGUGUCUAAAGUUUGUUUACCUUAUUUAAAGAGAAGUCCAAAUCCUCAUAUAGUAAAUAUAAGCCCGCCAUUGAGUAUGAAACCAAUAUGGUUUAAAAAUCACGUUGCGUAUACUAUAUCUAAAUAUGGUAUGUCAAUGUGUGCUCUUGGCAUGGCAGAGGAAUUUAAAGAUGUUGGUAUUGCUGUCAAUGCUGUUUGGCCAAAAACUGCUAUCCAUACUGCUGCAGUUGAAAUGUUAUCUGGCCCAAGUUCAAGCGAUUAUAGUCGUAAACCUGAAAUAAUGGGAGAUGCUGUUUACGCUUUAAUUUGCAGAGAUAGUAAAUCCGUCACUGGACAAUUUUUAGUCGACGAAGAUAUUUUAAAAAGCGAAGGAAUUACGGACUUUACCAAUUAUGCAUGUAAUCCAGCAAACAAAGACAAGUUGAUGCUUGAUUUCUUCUUAGAAGAGAAUUUGGAAGGGCUGAAUUUACAAGAACAGUUAAUUAAUAUUACCGCGCAAAAGAAAGCUGAAAGCACACAAGAUACCAGUAAAUCAAAUUUACAAAUCGAACAAAUAUUUACUGCCAUUGAAGCUAAUUUAAGCGGCGAACUUGUUAACAAAACAGGAGCUAUAUUUCAAUUUAAUGUUAACGGUGAUCAAACUGAUACUUGGUAUUUGGAUCUUAAAAAUGGUAAAGGUUCGACGGGUAAAGGAGAACCAAGUCAGCCACCAGAUGCUACAUUAACGAUGGAUUCUAAAAAUUUUUUUGCGAUGUUUUCGGGAAAAUUGAAACCGGCAUCAGCAUUCAUGAUGGGUAAGUUAAGAGUCCAAGGUAAUCUUCAGAAAGCAAUGAAGUUAGAAAAAUUAAUGCAAAGUUUGAAAUCUAAAUUAUAAAAAUGAAAUAUACGUCAGUAUAUUUCAUUUUUUUAAAGCGACACACGCAUUAAUUGAUUAAUUACAAAUACCGCGAAAUGUUUAAAUUUUGAAAGUUUUAUGUUA